AUGAGUAAGAACAACGUUCACUCCCUUAAAGAAACCGAGAAAGGAUUAUCGCGAAUGGGUAUGAAGAAGAAUGCUCAACCUCAAACUGGACUUAAACGUAUGCUUCUGAAUGCCAUCCGCAAACUUCAAGGCAGAAAAGGCACCACACUUCGGGAUGUCAAGACUUACUUACACAGCAAUCAGAAGAUGGAUGUCAAUUCCAAUGACGCUGAAAUCAAAUUAUUCCUGAAGAGUGCCAUAGAUCGUGGCAUUUUAUCAAAGCUAGAUGGACAUUACAAAGUCAUGGAGAGAGGAAGACGUCGCAGAAGUUCUAGCAGAAGACGACGAGGCAAAUCGGGAGGGGCUCCAAAAAGCCGCAAACGCAGGAGGAGGAGUGCAUCUCCUAAAAGGGGAAGGUCUCGUCGAAGAAAAUCUUCUGGACGCAGGAAAUCACGAAGGAGCUCCAGCCGUCGUCGCCGUAGAACUGCUCCUGCCGAAGAAGUUUGA